AUGGAGGAAACUCCAGCGAUCGUAUUAAACUUUGGAUCAGCUGCAGUAAAAGCAGGAAUAGCUGGCGAUGAAUCGCCAAUUUCUUGCUUUCCAAACCUAGCUGAUGAAAAUCUUAUGCAUUUUGGACAUGCUGCUAAAGAUGUCUUGAUGAAAAGACAAUCCAAACCCAUCUUCCCUUACACUAAUGGCAUCGUAACCAAUUGGUCCGCAGCUAAUGGCAUUUGGAAACACACAUUUAAUGAAGUACUGAAGGCAAAUUCAGAGGAACAUUCUAUACUGCUAACAGAGCCCCCUUUCCAUCCUAAGUUUCAUAGAGAGAAAAUAUGUCAAAUCUUUUUGGAAUCGUUUAACGUACCUGCGUUUUACAUGGGCUUAUCUUCCCUACUUUCAUUGUAUGGUACUGGAAGAACUUCAGGCAUGGUAUUGAAUAUGGGCCAGGGAAUAUCCUAUGCCGUGCCUAUUAUCGAAGGUUGUGUACAAUUGCAAUCAAUUUCCAGAUUUGAUAUUUCCGGGAUUGAUAUCACCAAACAACUAUUCAAAUUAAGUCUGGCAAAAGCAGAUGUAGUUGCUAAUUUUGGUGACAAUUUCCCUGAUUACCCACUAUUUGAUAUGAUUGACAAUAUCAAGUGUAGGUAUUGUUUUUAUCGCGAUUUUGCAAAGUCUCCAGAAAUAAAUGAAUCGCCAAGUUACACCCUUCCUGAUGAAAACAAUAUAUCACUUACUGACGAAUUGUUCGAAGCACCGGAGAUUAUUUUCAAUCCACAUCUAAAUAAUAAAAACUGUCUGGAUUUACCUAGGACUAUUUUAAGGGCGAUACAACUGUGUGAACCGGAAUAUCGUAAUGAACUAUAUUCCAGAAUUAUACUUGCUGGGGGUACCAGUAGAUUGAGAGGUCUAGUUGAGAAAUUGAAAGUACAACUGCAGAACCUAUCAUUACCUAGUGUUAAGACCAUAAUUAGCACUGCACAAACCAAGGACGAUGGGAGGGGUAAUUUUGGCUCGGAAUACACAGACUGGGUUGGAGGGUCUAUUGUAGCCACUUUAUCCACUUUUCAACAGAUGUGGGUCACUAGGGAUGAAUAUAAUGAGGCUGGUCCUACGGUUAUUCAUAGGAAAUGCAUAUGA